GCGAGGUCUAGCGAGGUCCCACUUGUGACUGACAUGUAUCCUGUCACCUAUAACCUGCAGGGGUGAUUCUUGGCGCAGCGAGAAUCAUUUAAGUAUUAUUUGUUUUUCCCCCCUCACCUUCCGCGGCUGGCCCUGGCCCGAUAUCUGACAAACUGUUCUUGGCGCCUGUCCUUCUUGAAUCCAAGCCACUAUGGCCUUGAAUCGCUCCCGAACCACCCGACAAAAAGUAUUCUCCAGUCGUUCCCGAACCGGAUGCCGCACCUGCAAACUGAGACAUAUUAAGUGUGACGAGACUCUGGGAUCAUGCAAUAAUUGUACCUCCACCGGUCGCACAUGCGAUGGGUCUGAUCACCAUUUGAUAAUUAUGAAUCAGAAACGACUUCCCGCUGGGCCAGGUACACAUGCUCUUAACUCCAAUCUCCCGUGGAUAAGCCCUAGCGAACGACGCUAUUUAACCUUUUUCCAGAGCUAUACGUUGCCUAUGCUUGUCGGGUAUUUCGAUUCAGAGCUAUGGCAGAUAUUAGUGCUCCAGUUAAGUCAGGUUGAGCCAGCAGUUUGCCAUGCCGUUGCUGCGCUGGGUGCGCUUCACGAGUUUGUGGAGGUCCAGGGAAUGCGGGCAAGGGAUUUGAAGUAUAAAGGCUGGUGUCGAAAUUUUGCUCUAUACCAGUAUAAUAGGGCAAUUCUAAUGCUGCGUCAGCGUUUGGGAUCUAACGACCCGCAGUUACGGCUUGUUACACUGUCGUGUUGUAUGAUCUUCAUCUUUUUUGAAUUUACUUGGGGGAAUUAUGGGGCUGCCUUAACCCACCUUAAGUGUGGACUUAAUAUCCUGGCGAAUCGGGAGGGUAGUGUCGGCCGUUCUUUCGUCUGUGCAAGUCUAUAUUGUCAUCAACAUAAUCCCUCCUCGGCGGAAGAUACGCUUGUCCGCGCCUUCGCUCACCUAGAUGUCCAGGCAGUGCACUUUGACUCUUCGUGCAAUACCUCUUUCUACCCAGCGAAGGUGUAUAUGUCUACAGUACAAUCCAGACAUCUUGAGCUAAAGAACCUCCAAGAUGCAAAAGAAAAACUCGAUCCUAUAAUAAAUAAUAUUUUCUGCUUCCGGACAAUCUGUGACACCACCCUACGCGAUAAGUCGGCCAAUCAUCUGCCCUUAUAUGUUGAGCAUCAAAAAUUACGUCUAAACCUGAUUGACCAUAUCGCUGCAUUUGACCGAUAUAUCGACUGCUUCCCGCCCCGAACUAUUAAAGAACUUCGCAGCGUGGAUUUGAUCCGUCUCCACCACUCAUUAAUCACAUUAGUGCUGGAAACAGUCCUUAGUUUAUCCGAAAUGGUCUUCGAUAAAUACAUUAUGGAGAUGAGCAAAUCUGUCGAUCUCUGCGAGCGAGUUAUUAACAGUCUCAGGGCUGAACAUGGCAAUACUCUCCCAACUAUUCUAAUGGACAUGGGUGUGAUCCUAGUAUUAUCCUGGCUAUCUCUAAAAUGCCGUGAGUUCAAGGUUAGAUACCGAGCCCUUGAACUUUUGCGGUCGUGGCCUCAUCGCGAAGGGCCAAAUGAAUCCACAAAGUUUCUAUAUUCGUGUGCGGAGGCCGUUAAGAUCGAGAGCGAGGGGGUUGAUCAGUCUGGAUAUCUGCCGGAGCGUUCAAGGGUACGGGCUAUUUCAACGCAGAACUUGGGAGACGGGAAAGCUGUGCUUCAUUAUACAAUGUCUGCUCCAGAUAAGGCGAGAUUGGAUAUACAUAAGAGAGUAUUUACUAUGCGUGAUGGCCACUGGGAAAGGAAGGAUGAUACGCCCGGCGACCCGGACAUGAUCGGAGAGAAGCCAAGCGGACAGGGAGGGAGUAAGUGGAAUGAUUUUGGGUUGGCCACAAGCAGGAGCGAGGAAUAAAUAGUCCCAAAUCCCACCAUCCGUGUACGCAGAUGGUUAAUCUCACACCGAUAACCUAGAAUAGGGAAGAAACUUGUCGAGUUUGUGUAGUUCAGCAACUUUGGGCUUUUAUAUUUAGCUAAUGUUGUGAUUAAAUACCUACACCUAUAUCCGAGUAUUCAACGCUGAACACGUGAUACUAUGUCGAGUAUAUCGAAUAUUCUUUGAGCAUACUUAUUUUAAUUUAUUCGCAUUCGAUAUUCGAUUCUACUGUACUUGUAAUACUAUUCGUGGCUUUCGCUUCCCUUUGCC